AUGUCGUUUCUAAAUACCAUUAGGGGCUUCGGACGCUCUUCAAAGAAAACAAAGAAGGACUACGAGACCCCAGGGAUCCUUGCUCCUCCUGGCAACGGGAAUGUAUCGCCAAUGAGAAGGUCCCAGCUGCCUUCCCAUUCAGAGGAGAUUCCUCUCUUCAUGUGUGAGCCGUUCGUUAAGACAGCGUUGGUGAAGGGAUCAUUCAAGACGAUCGUGCAACUACCUAAGUACGUUGAUUAUGGUGAGUGGCUAUCACUAAACAUAUUCGAGCUUUACAACCACUUGAAUCAGUUCUACGGCAUCAUAUCAGAUUACAUAACGCCGGAGACAAACCCUACUAUGAACGCUGGACCUAACAUGAACUACUUGUGGAUUGACACAAAUGGACAGCCAGUAAAUCUACCUGCUGACCAAUAUAUCGAAUACGUUUUGACGUGGAUCUCAAACAAGAUCAACGAUCAGUCUGUAUUUCCUACAAAAGAUGGAGGGGCUUUUCCUCCGAACUUUAUCAAAGAUUGCAAGAACAUCGUAAGACAAAUGUUCAGAAUAUUUGCUCACAUAUAUCAUAAUCACUUCGACAAGCUUGUUCAUCUAUCACUAGAGGCCCACUGGAAUUCUUUUUUCGCCCAUUUCAUAGGUUUUUGCAAGGAAUUUAACUUAAUCGAAAAGAAAGAACUCAUGCCGUUGUUACCGUUGAUAGAAAACUUCGAAGUUCAAGGAAAGAUUAUUUAG